GUCCACGUCAAUAUGAGUGGUAAACCACCACGCGGCCAUGCGGCGGCGGCAUCGCUGUCGGCGCCAGUAGGCGUCCUACAAGAAGGAGACGUUGUGUGGGCCAAGAUGCCUGGAUUUCCUUUGUGGCCCUCCAUCGUCUUCUUUUCCGCGCAGUCGCUGUUUGACCAUGGCCUGCAGAUUCCCCCUACCAUUAGGGCGACGAUCGACCAACCCAUGGUGUGCUUCUUGGACAGCAUGCAGUAUGGCUCUGUGAUGCGGAGCAGCAUCAAACCAUACCUGUCCUACGAUGUCAAGUUGGCUUUUCAGGGUUUGAAGAGCAAGAAAGGCUUGAGGCCGAGCCUUGUAGUCGCCGUGAAACGGGCCGAAGAAAUCCUCUACCAGCGCUCGUGCACUCCAUGGGUCAAAGAGGAUUACGAUGCGAUCCAUGUUGGGCCUGUUCAGGACACGGCAAAGCCACGACCAGUCGACAUGUCGGUGGCCAUCUCGAGUGACGACGACGAACAUGUUGAGGAGAGCGAGGAGAACGAAUCAGACGACGAUUUUCAAGCAGCCCCGUCGAAGAAAGCUCGUCCCAGUAGCCGCCGCGCAGUCUCGACCAAGGUAGAACCAAUGACCCCCCCUAGCAAGCGGACCAGACCGACCCGCGCCACUGCCGCAGUCGUGAAGGAAGAGGUGCCGCCCCAGCUGAAACCCGCGUCGAGGCGGGGCAAGCCGAGCCCCAGUCCUGCCAAGGUGGAGCUUCGGCAGUCGCCGCAUCCGACACGGGCGUCUGCCCGGCACAAGCUGGUGAUCCCGGACGAGGUGGAAGAAGUCAUUGACGAACUGCCUGUGGCGGCGACGACAAAACUAAGUGCCGCGGCAACUGACAAACACGCGCGAUUGCAGGGGGAUCACGUCACCGAGUCACCUGAUAACGUCAUUGAUGACGUGGCUAUGAAGAGCGACGACGAAAGCGCGGGCAUCGAGGAAGAAGACGAGGGCGGCGACGGCCUUGGCGCGCUCACAGACGAGCAAAUUGCGUUUUUGGAGCAAAAGUUGGCCAAAGAAAAGGCCAAGCGCGAAAAGCUGCGACAAGGGACGGCCGAGCCCGCCGUCAAAGCAAACGACCAAGUCAACAUCCAAGCAGACAUUGCCCCAGAGAAAACCAAAAUCCCUCGCCGAUACGUGAAGCCACCUUCCAAGGGAGCACCGUCUGAUAUAUCAUAUUCUCGAGACACAAAGCGUAACCAAGUCAAGGCGGAGGCUCGGACACCGAGGGACGAGGACGAGCACCGGCAUGCUGCGCGGGUGAGGGAAGCGUUUGCCUUGCUCAAGCACCCGUACGUCAAACCCGACUUUGACAAGUGGAUCAACAUGUCGGAAGCCGAGAAGAAGGCAGAUUUGGAGCUGCAAAAGCGCCACAAACGAGCCGAGAAACUGCUCGAGGACGAGCUCAAAGCGUCCGAAGCCCGCAACCGACUGCGUCCGCCUGCCAAGCGACCGUCGAACAACUACGACGAAUGGGAGAGCGACCAGCCAAAGCCAGCUGCCCCUCGAGACAAACCACCGGCAAAGCCAACCACCCCCCACAGCAGCGAACGAUCGCGGUCCCCGCCGCGGACCAAGAAGCGGGCCAAAGCCGCGUACCCCCCCGCCGUCGCCCCCCAUCGACAGGGGGACAAGAAACUCCCUCCCCUCCCUCCCCCUGCUGCCCACGAAAGAGAUGCCGUAAAGCGAGAGGAGGCAGCUGUCCGGCCCUCGUUGAAGCGCGAGGCAAACGACGCCGCCGAGCCGCCGCACCAGCCGCGCAAGAAGCCGACGCCUCCCACGCCGAAGCCCCCUCCGGAGCGACGAGAAGACGUUGCGAGUCGAAUCCAAAUGGUGGACGUGAGCACCCCUCUCGAGGUCGCGGUCGUUAAAGAACACAAGGCGCCGGUGCCGCCACCGAAACCAAAGCGAGGCCGACCGCGCAAGUCCCCGGUGGUCGACAGCGACGACGACGUGAUUGAAAUGUGGAAGCCUCCGCAGCAACUCCACCAGAAAAUCCACCAGCACCAUCCACCUUUGUGGAAAAAGAGCAAACCGCAGCACCAGCAGCGAUCUUUGACCCCAUACCGAGGCCCGGUCCAACAGUCGCCCCUGAGUCUGAUCUGGCAGCGGACCAACACAUCGUUCCGAUGCCACACGGACCUUGUGUGGGACAACACCGUGUUCAAAGACCCCGUGCAGCCGUCAGGGUACUCAUUGGACAUGGCGGCGGCGGGGCUGGACGCGGCGCCGCCCGUGCGAGGCAAGCGCCAAGUGCGGUCGGUGCAGCAGUCGCAGAUCCGGCACAAGCUGAUGGCCAACAAUUUGGACCCGCACACGAUGGUCGAGUGCAUCCAGUACGCCAACGACGGCAAGUCCCAGGCCGAGAGCAAGACGCUCGUACAGCCGUACGACGUCCGCGUGCAUCCGGACGCCAUGUUUGUAUGCGAUCUGCACGCACACCUGGCCAUCUGCGAGAUCAUUGGGUUCCUGGGCGGCCGCUUUGACGACGCGACCAACACGGUGUUCAUCCACGCCGCGUUCCCGUGCCGGUCGCUGCUUAUCGAGGGCGACGACGGGUCCACUGACGUCGAGAUGGACCCCGAGAGCGAGCUCGACCUGCGCGAACUCAUCCGCAAGUCGCAUCUGGACGUGGUCGGGUGGUACCAUUCGCAUCCGGCGUUCGCCCCCGACCCGAGUGUGCGAGAUAUUGAGAACCAGUCCAACUACCAGACGCUGUUUGAAACGUCCAUGGAUAAAAAGCAGCAAAAGCCGUUUGUGGGGCUCAUCGUCGGCACGUACGACCCCAAGCGGACUGUCCCCGCGGGGCUCUUUCGCUUCUUUCACGUGCGCGGCGAAAAGGUAUAUAUAUAUUGUGUCCUGUGGUGA